CUCAUACCGGAAGCAAAAGCACAUUGACGCUUUACAGCCGCUGCCUGGGAAAUUACAUGUUAACGGACAAAGUAACAGUAAUAUUAACAUAUUUUAAUAAGUAACAGGAAUAGGCUUUUUAAGGGCGUUCGCUGACUUACAACACCGCGGUAUGAUGCGCGGUGUACUUUUUGUGCUGAGGUUUGAAAUCUUACGUCUGUGUUAGUUGGCUGCCAUUAGCGCACGAGCAGGGUAGUCCAAGUAGAAAAAAAAAAAGCUCCGAAGGAAGAUUGCUGAAGGACUUCUUUUAUGUAAACAUGGGCCGCAUCCGGGCGGAGGAGGACGCGUCGUGAAAGGUGUCGGUGUUUCAUCCCUGAAGGCAGCAUCACAUUUAAGCCAUGGAAGAUUGUGUAAUAUGUAAAGCAUGAGCAUGCUUCAUCACACAAUGACUGCUCCAUCCAAACAAUAGAGUUAACUGCGGUCACGUCAUCACACAGCCAUGGGCGUCUGUUCAUCUGCCUGCAAGAUGUUGCGCAGGGGGAAGUACUUUUUCCUGCUGCUCCUCUGCUUGUCUGUGCUGGCAUGGGUUGCCAUGUUUUCUGGAGAAAUUGUCAAAUCCCUUCCUGUGUCCUCGGUGACAACGCAAGCUCUUGCUAUGCGGGACACGGUACACUCAUGGACGUCAGCAGCGGAUACCUUGAUUACUCCAACGCCAAUACAGGAGUGUCCUCAGAAGUCGCCGCUGCUACAAGGAGCACUGAAGCUGAACUUUGAGCCCACCCUGACACUGAAGGACGUGGAGGGCGAAAACAAGCGAGUAGCUGAAGGCCAGUUCGAACCUCCCUACUGCACGGCCAGACAGAGCGUGGCCAUCCUUAUUCCGCAUCGCAGCCGAGAGCGACAUCUCCUCUACCUGCUGCACCACUUGCACCCCUUCCUGCAGAGGCAGCAACUCCACUAUGCAGUCUAUGUCAUCCAGCAGGCUGGUGAUGCCACUUUCAACCGCGCCAAAUUACUCAACGUGGGUUACUUGGAGGCACUUAAGGACUACAACUGGGACUGUUUCAUUUUCCACGAUGUGGAUUUGGUUCCUGAAAACGACCACAAUCUCUACAUCUGCGAUACACAACCCAAACACCUGGUGGUUGGACGUAAUUCCACUGGAUACAAGCUGCGUUACAAGGGCUACUUUGGAGGCGUCACAGCCAUGAGCAGAGAGCAGUUCCAUCAAGUCAACGGCUUUUCAAACGCCUACUGGGGUUGGGGUGGAGAAGACGACGACCUCUGCAAAAGGGUGGAGCUACAGAAAAUGGAGAUUGUGCGGCCACCCGCCGGCAUCGCCCGCUACACAAUGGUAUUUCACAAACGCGACAGCGGCAAUGAAAUCAACAAAGACAGGAUGAAGCUGUUGGGACGAACGCCUGCGGUAUGGAAAAAAGACGGACUCAAUAGCUGCUCGUACAAGACUUUAUCGGUGGAGAGGCCGCCGCUGUACGUCAACGUGACCGUGGACAUUGGAAAGCCACAGAGCUGAGGUUUUUAGUCGGUUGCCAGAUGAUUGCAGAACUACAACCACACAUUUGCAGCAGCGGAAGUGAAAGGUGAUGCUGUGGAUUUCCAACAACAAAUGUUGUCCACUUCAGCUGUGUUCACAUUUCAAUGACUCCUUAUGUGCAGUCUUAAAGUGCCCAAACAUCCACCCAGAACUCAGUACUGUUUGAUUAUUAAUAAGUAUCCAAUGUGAUUAAUCACUUCAUAAUUUCGUAGUCUUUUUUUAGCUGGAUGCACAUCUAAUCUACAUAUUAUACAUUUAGCAUAUCUGUCUUGAGAGGAGGCUGAACUGCAUUUUAUUUUUAGACCAACACCUAAGUUUGGUAAAAGUAGCGUGACAACAUAAUUACUCGGUAGGAACUGAGUAUAGUGAUGUUUCUAUACGUGCAGUGUUUCCACACUAAAAGAUGGUUUACGUGGAUGGAUUGAGCAUGUAGACAUGAUCAUUUUUGGCUUAUUAUUCUAGAAAUAUCAAUGCACAUGCGCUCGAAAUAAUUGACCAGCUAAAUUAUUCAAAUGUUGUAUAAUACUGUACCGUACUUAUCUAGAAGUGACAAUAUUGAACUCCAGAUGAGCAGACAAGUUCCAAAAUAAAGCAAGUGACCUUGUAGGAUUUGAUGGAUGUUAUAAAACCUUCCUCAAAUCACCAUAUUAUAUAAAAAAUAGUCAAAUUACUGUACUGCCUUUUCUUAGUAAGCAAAGACUUGUUUUUGUCCUGCAAAGGAGCCAGGAUAAUAUACUUAUUUAUAUAGAGCCUUAUGUAAUUGACUUGGGUGGUGGAUUAUGUAUUACCUUAUCAGGAUGUGACCAAUCAAAAUGACCUAAUAUUAUAAGCAAUACACACAUUUUUGUAAUUAUUUUGUUUUGUUUUGUUUAUUCAUGUGACCAUCAAACUUGACACUUCCUGAUCAUGCCAGAUGCAUUGCCAAUCCCGAAAGACUGAUUUUAUUUUGAAGUUUCUGAAUAUCUUUGUUGAAUGUAUACAUUUUUAGAUGAUUGGUGGGAGAAGAAAUGAUGACUGAUCUUUGCGCACCUAACGAUUCGGCGAGGUUCCAAUUCCCGGAGUGACGAUUUGAUCCCUACUUAAACCGAUUCUCGCUAUGUAUUAUUUGGUAUUAUAUUUCAAAUUAAAGUUUUUAAAAAUAGGUUAGGAAAAAGCUCAUUCUGGCUUAAAAAUAUAUGUAAAAAAAAUUGAUUCUUCUAAAAAAAAAAAUUCAUUUAUUUUAAUUUGAUUUUUUUAAACCGAUUUUUAUUAAAUUAUGAAUGGGUUUAUAAUCAAGAUGAAUAAGAAUGUGAAUCGCUUUUUUUUUGUGCACCCCUAUUGAAUAUGAUACAUUUCAUGACUAGAAAUUAAAUGUCUAAUAAACAAUUAUUUUCUUAU